AUGAAGUUGUUGCGGUUGGCGUUGCUUGUCGUCGUCCCCUACCUCGUGUUCCAGGUGUUCGACUGGCUCUACUACCACUGGCUCCCGUCAAACUACCAGCUCGACCAAACCGUGCUCGAAAGAUUAGUCCACGAAACGUUGGAUGUCCACGGUAAGGAAGGAAACUCGACCGAGAUCAUGAUUGAUUUGGGGGCGAAAAUCAAACAAGAGUACCCCGAUUUGAUUAACGAGCUCAAUUUCGACGACUGGGUGUUUAACAAUGCCGGUGGGGCCAUGGGACAAAUGUUCAUUUUACACGCCCUGAUCUCGGAAUACUUGAUCUUUUUUGGUACUGCCACCGGUACUGAAGGUCACACUGGGGUCCACUUUGCCGACGACUGGUUCCACAUCCUUACCGGCCACCAAAAGGCGGCGUUUGCCAAUGAGCUCCAACCGGAGAUAUACUACCCUGGCGACGUCCACCAUUUGAUUAAGGGCCAAGUGAAGCAGUACCUGAUGCCUCUGGGUGGCUACGCUCUCGAAUUAGCCCAAGGUUGGAUCCCGCUGAUGUUACCGUUCGGCUUUUUGGAUACGUUCUUCUCCACCUGGGACUUCCGCACCUUGUACCACACCUGCCGGUUGACCGCGAAAGAUAUGGUCGGCCACUUGCUCCGCGGCAAGUUUUAA